GAGCGAGAGGGGUCCGUUGCACUUGUCGAUCAAUCAGUUCCUGCAGUUAGCUCUCCUUGCCGGAGCCCAGCAUGACGCCGGACACCAUCCGCACGGUGAUCGGGAUAAUAGGCAAUGGAACUGCGCUGAUGCUCUAUCUAUCCCCAGUACCGACGUUCUACCGCAUCUGGAAGAAGAAGACGGUGGAGCAGUACUCGGCCGUGCCGUAUCUCACCACGCUUCUCAACUGCAUGAUAUGGCUGUUCUACGGCCUCCCGGUGGUGCAGCCGCACAGCAUGCUCAUAAUCACCAUCAACGGCAUCGGCUUGACCAUCGAGCUCACCUACAUCGCGAUCUUUCUCGCCUACUCUGUCGGCGCCGCCCGUCGUCGAGUACUCCUCAUCCUCGUCGCGGAGGUUUCCUUUGUCGCUGCAUUCGCCGCGCUCGUCCUCAACCUUGCCCACACCCACUUCCUCAGGUCCAUGGUCGUCGGCAUCCUUUGCGUCAUCGUCGGCACCGCCACGUACGCCUCGCCGCUCUCCGUCAUGAAAAUGGUGAUCCAGACAAAGAGCGUCGAGUACAUGCCCCUGCUUCUAUCCCUGGCCUCGCUCGCAAGUGGCACAUGCUGGACUGCUUAUGCCCUCAUCGAGUUUGACAUCUACAUCACCAUCCCCAGCGCGUUGGGCGUCGUGCUUGCUUUGGGGCAGGUGAUCCUGUACGCAAUAUACUACAAGUCGACGCAGCAGAUCCUUGAGGCCCGCAAGCAGCAGAUCCUCGAGACCCGCAAGAGCAAGGCCGGCCAGAUACCCAUGACGGAGGUCGUCGUCGAUGGGAAGAACGGCAGCACCGCCGGCUCAGGCGCCGGCAAGGGCCACUGCUAG